GACACAGUAGUGCCCGCACAGAAGCUGUCACAGUUGAUCCUCAUCCUCUCAGCACAAGUCUGGAAAAUGUUGCUUCUUGGUUAUAUGAAGCUCUAUCAACACCAUCGCCUGAACCUUCAUCCUCUUCCCCAGACUUUAACUCAAGUGAUCAAACAGUGAGCAUAUCAGGGACUCAUGUACAGCUGAUAACAGGAGGACAAAGCAAAGCAGAGGAAUCAGAUGUCUUAUCAUCAAUCUCAUCUUUUGUCUACACCACAGUGACAACCAUCCUGGCAGAUGACAGAACUUCUCAGCAAAGUCAAACAGACUUCAAGACACCUAAACCUGGUAGGGAUGAGAAUGGCUUUGAGAUUAAGGUGCUGACCAAAGGAGCUGAGAUUUAUGAAUUGAUCCAAACCACCACAACUAAAGAUGGAGUCGCUCUAGGGCAUGAUCUGACUCAUCUUGCAGGGGACAGCACCAAGCCCCCUAAAAGAUUAGUCUCCCAUACAACAAAAUUGUCCUACCUAACACGCACAGAAGAUGGUAUCUACAUCAGGUCAUCUGACACUACCACUCCUGAUCUAAUUACCAAAUGGCCCAUGUCAUCAAAAAAGCCAGCAGUGUACAGAGGACCCCCAAAAAUUAUAUUAUUAUCACCUGGAAAAACAGUAGCUCUACCACCAAACUCUGUAACAGAAAUUGUUAGAGUGCCCUUGAAAGGUUUAAAUGGCACUACCAUGGUGCCUGGGAUAAUUUUGCAUCAAUCAGAAGAGAAACACUUUGACCAAAUAGUUAGACAAGAUAAUGAGAGCAGAUCGGUUGAAGAAGUUGUUUACUAUACUGGACAUCCACUGCCUGACGGUGGAAUACCUUUGUUUAGGGCACCAAAAAAUGAAUCAUCAGUUGACGGUGAGAAUGUUUUAACUAUACAUUCCCAUCCUGGAGGAGAUGACGCGCCAGGACAUAAGACUGGUCCCCUACAAAUCAAACUUACGGUCUACAAAGUUGUCAAGAAUGUUCUGAAUGUCAGUGAUGCCACCGCCAUGGAGGCUUACACGCGUGCGCGAGAAAUGCUGAGGAAAACGUUGGAGCAGCUGGCCAAGCUGUGGCAGCACUGUGUCAGGGGGGUGGCGGAUGUAGUGUAUGUGCCAGCAAACCAAGGUUUUGUUGACUACAGUGCCAGACUACAAAUUGCUUAUAAGAACAUUAGAAAGGCAUAUGAGUAUGGGAGAACAGUCCUGCGUAAGACCUACAACGAUGCCUCCUUACAACUGGCAGAUUAUUUCAACAGUUUAGCAAAUUACUUCAAGAACUCCUAUAAUUUCUAUUAUGACUUUCUGGAGGCCAGCACAAGACGGCGAAAAAGAUAA